GCACGUGUUGGAGUUGAUUUGAGUGAAGAUUUCCUUGGCAGCCAAGCGGUGAAAGAACAGAGAACUCGUCAGUCUUUCGGUGUAAAAGAAAAACGUUCUAACGCAGGUUCGGCACGAGCGGAAGUCCCGUUUUGCAUACCGUUUUUGAUUUGCAGGCAAAAAGCGCUCCAGUUAAUGACAAAAGACGUUAAUAUGACUUCGGAAUCAGCUGUGCCACCACCCGCCGUCUGGGCUCAAAGAAGCGAUGUCAUAUAUCUAACCUUAAACGUAGAAUGCACCGAGCCGGAGAUCAAAUUCACCGAGAAUUCAUUGUCAUUUAGCGGAGUUGGAAAGCCGGAGGGUAAAAAACACGAACUCAAUGUGGAAUUUUACGACAAAAUCAAUCCGGAAAAGGUUGCAACGAAGAAUAUCAAACGUUGCAUUGAAUUCGUCAUUGCCAAAGCGGAUCCUCAGACACCUUACUGGCCACGGCUGCUAAAAGACAAGACCAAACCUCAUUGGCUGAAGGUGGACUUUAACCGAUGGAAGGACGAAGAGUCGAAUGAUGAAGAGGGAAACAAUGCGGACGAUCUGGCAGACUUGCUUCGGAUGCAAUCAUCGGACAACAAGAAAGAGCUAUCCUUCGAUGAUUUAAGCGAUGAGCAGGAGGCUGAUUCGGACGAUGAAUACCUUCCGGGGCUGAUGGAAUCUUAAAUUCCGACAUCUCCCCCCCCGGAACGUCACGCAUACCACACAAACACACACACCCCCUCCGUGUAGCUGCUCUACCACCCAGCCCAUGUUGCGCGUUCUGUAUCGAAUAGAAUGUAUGGGAUAAGGCCGCGCGUGUUUCGAGCACGGUUUUUGUUUAAAUUCGCCAUCUCUUCAGCAGCGUCAUCAGCUAGAAUUAGGUACGGUUUUGGAGUUUGGAGCAACCUCCGGCUCUCGGACAGCACACAAAUACACCGACACACGGUUAAUAGGAACGGUAGGAGUAAAAGGAUCAAACUGGCGCUCUUCUCCACUUGCUAGCCAGGGUAGCAGGGGAUACACGAUGGAAAAGGAAACAGCAAAAAAAAAACAUGUAAGGGAAGUAAAUAAAGGGGUGAGGCGAGAGAGUGUUCCAAUACAAUAAUACUAUAGAAAUUAUCCUUAAACAACCAACCGACAAAACUCGUAUGCAAGUCAAAACAAACAAAAAAUAUAACCAAAUGGAGUUUUGGGACGAAAGAUAGAAGCAUA